AUUUCACUGUGACACCGGAAGAUAAACACGUAACCUUCCGGUGUAAAUCAUUUAAAAAAUAAAUCAUUUGGGGGGAAAACUGAACUUUGUGCUGUAUUACAUUUAGGUGACACACAUGAAAUCAAAAUUUUAUUAAAUAGUUUCACGAUAUUACUAACAAGCUUCGCCGUUUCAGUUUUCCACAAGCAGCAUUUAAUUUGACUCAGUUGCUAAGCAACAACACAACAGAGUCGGGCGGUAGUAACUGCAGCAAUGUCUUCCAGUUUCUCAGCAAACCAGUAUGACGGCGCCUUCAAAUCCCAGAGGCUGCAGAACUGGUGUCAGACUAAACCCGUUAAAGAGCGACCCAGAGCACAUUUAGGUCACACAACCUUUCUUGCAGACAACAGGGGACAUCUCCUCCCAGGGGUGAAGAAAGGCAGCGCCUGGCCAGACUUCAAAGGGACUUGGGAUUUACCGGCUCGUAUCCCAGCUCACCACAUCAACACAACUGCCCGUUCAGCUGAGGGUCUUGAUAGACUCCAGUUGUGGGGAUUGUCCCCACCUCAGCAGCACAAAUCAGUGUCACAAAGAGGCCGCAGAAGCAUAGAUACUGACAAGCAGACCAGCGAGACCAGCGAGACCAGCGAGAGCCGCGUCUCACAGAGACAUGAGGUUUGGUCAUCUGCUGAACAAGCCCUUCAAACUACACAGCAGGACAAGCCAAAGUGUGCAACCGAAGAGAAUCAGUCUUCGACACAUACUGCUGGGGAUGAAACCCUCAACAGGCCUGAGACCACAAGAGGAAGACCACAGAGCAGUAGAGGAAGCAGCUACAUCAACCUCCAGGCACACAGAGACUGUCAGCUGGAUCAUUAAAUAUUAGUACACCAUAAUAAAAACACAAGGAGUUUUUCGAGAAUAGCAAAGUACUAAUUGUUGAACACUGUGUUUUUUUUAUUAUUCUGAUGAUAGAACCCUUCUGGAAAGAAACUAGCAAAGUAGUUGAUAUUUAAAGCUUUAAAUAUAAAUAUAAGCUUUAUAUUAGAUGUUUAGCAUCAGAGUGAGGUGAACAGAUUAAUUGUUCACCUCGCAGUGACAUUAUUUUUUUAUCGCUUUGAUUGCGUGCUCACUACCGGCAGUGUGCUGCUCUGUCAGUGGAUGGAGCGUGCGGCUUGACUGAGCUCGAGCACCUUUCAGCGGUGCAACUCUGCGAAGCUCCCCACUUUAUACAGAAAGACAGACCGGCUGCAGGGAAAGGCAGACAGCCGCUGCCUUGGACCAUAAGAGGUGGAUCAUGGAUGGAUGGACACUUCAGAAACAGUUUUCAGGUUGAAAUGAGAGAAAGCCUCGGUCUAUUUACAGAUCUGAUACAGCGUGUCUGGUUACAGAAAGCAGAAGUGUCCUUUUUCUCUUUUUUAUUUACCCUUCAGGCGUGGUUCAUGAUUUGAAUAUAAUAAAAUUAUGUUUCGGUUUGA